AGCCUUCUUUAUGGUCCAGCUCUCAUAUCCACACCUAACUACUGGGAACACCACAGCUCUGAUGAGGGCAGUUAGAAGAUGAAAUGAAGGCGCAUCAGGAGAGUGUCGAUGGUGGAGACGAUCUGGGAACCCCUCUGGGAGGGGCGUUUGUAUUAGCACCAGGUGAUGAUUCGAGGGCAGCAGUGCCCUGGAGGAGCAGGUGCUGACCCACAAGCAGGGGGAUCUGGGGGUGUUGGGGGCAGAGAGCUAGAGUUUCUGGGGCUGUUGGUGUGGUGGGAGCAGGCAAGGGGCUGCUAUCCACCAGGGAGGCAGGAGUAGGUCUUCUAGCAACAGCAGAGAGGAAGGUGAGUGAUGUGACUUGAUUUAACUUCUAGAAAGUGACCCCACUGGUGUCAGGGGAUGGGGGAGGGGACCACUCGCAGAGACCUGGGUGAGAAGUCACUGGGCCGGCCUUGUUCUGGCAGUGAGAGCCAUUGGGAUUGGUCCAAUUCAGGCCAUGUUUAGGAAGUGGAGCGUGCCCGUGCAGGAGACUUGGGGUCAAUCCCUGGGUUAGGAAGAUCCUCUGGAGAAGGAACUGGUAACCCACUCCAGUGUUCCUGCCUGGAGAAUCCAUGGACAGAGGAAGGGGUCGCAAAGAGUUGGACACAGCUGAGGGGCUGAACAACACCACAUACUUAAUGAAAUAAACAUGUUAACAGUUCAGUCCAGCCCUGACAAGUGAGAGAAAGGCACACCCAAGUCCUGAUGAGGGAAGCCCAGAAGGGAGGCAGAUGGCCACGUUUGCGGCUGAGGAGCUGAGUGGCUGCUGGUGUUGCCUUUUACGGAGGUGGGUGUUCCAGUGGGAAUGCCAUUGGUUACCCCAGGCCAGGGCUGCUGCUCUAAUUCCCGGGGGAGAACAGCAGCAAUUCGUGGGUGUUAGGUCACGGGAGGGGUGGAAGCAGCACGACUAAGAAAUGUGUAGAGCCCGGGGCAUGGAGGUGAAGGGGAGCAGAGAUCCGAUGACGGACAUGGAAGCUAGUCAUCUUGGGAAAAGAGACCGUGAGUCGGGAAGUGGGAUGCACAGAGGUGUGGGUGGAGGCCUCAGGUGGCAUAAACAGCUGUGUGUGGUCAGCCAGUUGUGUGAACUGAACAGAGUAGCUAAAAAGGAUCAAGGGACUGGGGUAACUGUCAAACGGUGGGGGGGAGGACACCAGGACUUGUUGGUGGGGGGAGGAAUGGUGAAGAGGCAAGGUCAGAGGUCAGAGAAUUGCAGAAGGUGAGGGAAGAAAGUGCUAGUGCCUGAGGUGAGUCACAGGCUGCACUGGGAACCGGUAUCCACAGUGAUCACACCUGGAGGUGGGGGGUGGGGUAUGUGUGCAAAGGGCAGGGGGGCGCCAUAGAGGGGUGGGCCGCCACACGAACCAGGACCUGAGACCUGAUGGGGAGCGGUGGGUGGAGCCGGGGUAGCUACUUGGAGGCCAGUUUUGGAUGACUCCUCAGGUGUCCAAGGUGGUGAGUGACGAGCAGGGGUGGGUGGGACAUCCAGGCGCUGACCUUCACAGGAGGGAAGGAGUUCUGGUCUGCCCUGACCCAGGAAGGUGAGUGGAAACAGCUGCCCCCACAGCGGCUCUGGGUGCCUAGAUGGGGGGCUCGGUUUUUGAGAACUUCCUUCUCUUUUUCUCACUUGUCUUAGGGUGGGAUUUGAACUGUUAACAUGUUUAUUUCGUAAGUAUGUUCUGAUCUGAGGGUACUGACUACUGGAUUUUGACCUGUUAGAAGAGAAUUUCUCAACUUUGUUAGAUGAAUUGUAUGUUCUAUCAAGUGGGCGAGCAUGUUCAGUGUUUAUGACCUUUCACAUAAUGAAAACUGUUGGAAAAUAAAUAUUUUCGUUUCCAAGUAACAAGGGAGGAGAGAGAAGUUGCCGAGUUAUCAGACAGUGGAAGGUAUUUCGUUGAAUAAUGCAGAGGGAACAGUCUUGUCUGUACUGCCUUACCUUUCAAAGUAUUUCCACACCUUUACCAAAGUGGGGGAAAAAAACAACCACCCACAAACAGUAUGUUUGUGCAUUGAUAUGUUUAUUCCCAUUUUACCAGAAAGGAAACAAAGAACACAGUUUAUCUAUUAGUCAAAAAUAAAAAAGUAACCUCAAAAGGAACGUUUACUCACCAAGCUGUUAAUUGCUUAAAUUGGCAAUUUCUGUGGGCUUUUUAGCAGUAAAUAGGGCGAUUCCUCUUCAGUUAUAGGGCAUUCAAGGCAUACAAAAGUGUUGUUUUUCUACACAGCAUAACUGAAAUGUGUUUUCACCAAUGAUUUACAAGGCAAAUACCAAAGCUAGAAACCGUUCAAGGAACCAUAAAUCGUGUAUUUUCUGUACCUUCGGAAACCUUUCAGCUCUUAUCAUUCUUUUGUUUUUAUUGGCAAAGUAUGACUGCUGUGAAAUGACCGUAUUCACCAGGCCGCCACCUAAAAGCAUUAAGGUAGAUUUAUAGAACGAGCGAGCGCGUUUGCUAGUUCUUGAAAUAGAAUCCCUCCAGGUAAGUAUAUUGUCUUUAUUUACAAAGUAUCGGUCUUAUUUCACACCACUGCUCGCGCUUAAGAGUCCCGGCUUCAGGAGCAGGCGUCCAGACACCCAAAGGUGCGCACAAAGGUGCCGGUUUCCAGCCACAAAAGGGCAGCCUGGGUUGGGUGUUUGGUGCUCGGUUUUCUGAGCUGCUAGGGGGAGGGGGUGGGUGCAGAGAAGGGCCGUUUCCUGGGCGUUUGGGGGAAGGACAAACGGCCGCUCCCCCACCCAGUUCAGAACACUCAGUCUCCAGUCCCUCAGGAAGGCGUGGUGAGACUGGCUGCUUCCAGGCCCGCGCGCUCCUCUCCAGGUGCCCGUCGUCCUGGGGCUCUUCCCGCGCGGCCGGACCCUCUGACUUCCCUUCUAGCCGAGGCGCCUCCUUCCGCUCGCGCCGCGCCGCGCGGCUCCGCUCGGACGUGUCCGCGCCGCCGCGACCACCGGAGCCACUUCGCGGCGAUGCUGGGGCCGCCGGUCUGGGCGUUGGUUGCUGGUGUCCUGCUGGCGCUGUCGCCGGGCCGGGCGGGGGGCGCCCCGAAGGCGGGCCGGCGGCCAGCACGGGCGCGGGGCUGCGCGGACCGGCCCGAGGAGCUCCUGGAACAGCUGUACGGGCGACUGGCGGCCGGCGUGCUCGGCGCCUUCCACCACACGCUGCAGCUGGGCCCGCGCGAGCAGGCGCGCAACGCCAGCUGCCCGGCCGGGGGCAGGCCCGCCGACCGCCGCUUCCGGCCGCCCACCAACCUGCGCAGCGUGUCGCCCUGGGCCUACAGGAUCUCCUACGACCCGGGCCGCUUCCCGCGGUACCUGCCGGAGGCCUACUGCCUGUGCCGGGGCUGCCUGACCGGGCCACGUGGGGAGGAGGACGUGCGCCUGCGCAGCGCCCCAGUGCUCGUGCCCGCGGUGGUCCUGCGCCGGACCCCGGGCUGCGCGGGCGGUCGCGCCGUCUACGUCGAGGAGUAUGUCACCGUGCCCGUGGGCUGCACCUGCGUGCCCGGACCGGACAAGGACGCGGACGCCGUCAACUCCAGCCUGGACAAGUCGGCCCGGCCCUGACCGCCCACCCGGGACCCUGGGCCCGAGGAAACGCGCCCAGCAGUGGACCAGACCAGACCAGACCGCGUGGUGGGCCGCCCCGGACUUCCUCGAGCAGGAGCGCAGGGCAGCCGGAAGGUGAUGGGGACUGAGUGGGGCGGUCCGGCUCGCCCCCAGGAUCACGGGAGGGGUGAGCCUCAGAGGACAGACGGAUGCUUGCAGUCUUUUUUGAAAAGUAGAGUGUAAACCCGUUUAUUCAGCUAUUUUUUCAAUAAGGGCAGGAACAAAGUAUUUUCAUAUUAGCCAUUCUGAGCAAGUAUAUUGUUUUUACCUGACCUGUAAACAUUUCAUAAACAUUGUUUUCACUUCCUCAGCAGGAAUUUUUAGGAGCUCAGGUAGGCUGACUUUUGCUUCGGUUGGUCACCAGUGGACACGCCUGGACAGGACCUGCCCUCCCUAUGGGCAGCUCAGCUCACCCCAGUCUCACUUUAUUCAUGAUAUAAAUCACCACAGGUUUACACAGGUAGAAAGUUUUUCACUUUUCAAAGUCAGGGGCCAGUUUGUGAAAAGAAGACAGUGAGGUCAGAGUGUGGUAUGUGAGGUCUGUGCCGAUUCCCAGGUACCUGGCUAGUUUUAAGGGCUUCAGGAGCUAUUAAGUGGGCAGACUUAACAGUUUCCAGAAGGCAGGAGUGGAGCCUCUUCCAGCACUGCAGCUAAACCCCAGAACUAUUUGUAAACAUGAGACCUUCUUAACUCGAUUUAUGGAACAUCUGUAGGUAGGUGAAGGGAAUGCUGGCUGUGAUGGGCUGGACUCGGCUUUGAUGGGCUCAACUUAGUUCUUAGAGGAAACGAUGUUUAAGGUUUUAAUUUUAUAGUUGAAGUUUUUAAGAGCAACUGUGAAGUCAGCCUCUCUGUUUAUGUGCUCUCUUCCCCACUUACCAUCAGCCUUGGUUUGAUCUGAAUGGAAGCUUUACUGAGAACUUCCAGUUUGUAUUAUAUAUUGACAGAGGUUGUACAUGAAAAACAGUGCUGAGCAAAAUUCAUAUUUUCCAAAUAAAAAUUCAGAACUGAAA